GCUUCCGUACUGCUUCUUCAGGAUGUCCAAAUGCAAACUCUUCCUUCUCCGACAUGGGGAGGGGGCCUGGAACAAAGAGAACCGCUUCUGCAGCUGGGUUGAUCAGAAACUGAGUGAGAACGGGGUGGUGGAAGCCCAAGAGUGUGGCAGGCUUCUGAAAGAGCAGGGCUACCAAUUCGACCAGGUUUUUACCUCCAUAUUGAGUCGUUCCAUCCAGACGGCCUGGUUGGUGCUGGAGGCCAUGGGACAAGAGUGGGUCCCAGUCACCAAAUCCUGGAGGUUAAACGAGCGGCAUUACGGUGCCCUGAUCGGCCUCAAUCGCGCUGAGAUAGCGUUGAACCAUGGUGAGGAACAGGUUAAACUGUGGAGGCGUAGCUAUGACAUCACACCACCCCCCAUUGAUGAGACACAUCCCUAUUAUGCGGAAAUUUACAAUGACCGCCGAUACAGUACGUGCGACGUUCCGAAAGAGGAACUGCCCAAAACAGAAAGUCUAAAGGAAGUGUUGGACAGACUUCUUCCUUACUGGAAUGAUGUCAUUGUACCGGUGAUCGAGAGUGGCCAAACGGUCCUCAUCUCUGCACAUGGCAACAGCUGCAGGGCAUUGCUUAAACAUUUGGAAGAUAUAUCAGAAACAGAAAUUGUGAAUGUAACGCUGCCCACAGGUGUACCAGUCUUGCUGGAGCUGGAUGAAGAUCUUCGACCGGUCAAGCCCCGUCAGCUUCUGGGCAACCAGGCCAAAAUUCAGGCAGCCAUCAAAAAGGUGGAGGAUCAAGGGAAGGUUAAUGUACAAAAAUAAAUAAGAAUGUCAGAAUCAUUUAGAUAGGAACUGUUCAAACUGAAAGAUUAUUAGUCAUUCAGUAUGUCAUGAAGCACCUGGCAAAGAUAGUUCCGGCACAUACUGUAGGGUGUGUCUGAGGUAGACCGGUUUCUGUUUAUAGUGGUAUUUUAGAAAUCAUGAAUAGUUAUAUAAGUCAAUAUUUUUAAUUCAAGCACUGGUUACUGAUCCAAAAUGCAGACUUGGCACAUAUAUAUUUUGUCAUAGCAAGAGGUCUGUAGACCAAAUAAUGGAAUAGAUAUUGAUAUAACAUUAUUUAAAAUAAUCAUUUAAUAAUGUGUUGUUAUUUUUUUUGUUAGCUUGUUUAUUUGUCAAUGCAUUUUAGGCCACAGAAAACCAGUGGUGCCUUCCUUUGGGUUAAAAAAAUAGCAUCCAUCAGUUAUUUUCUAAUAGAAAUUCUUAUUAAAGGUCAGCACAUGCUUGUAAACCAUUUCUGUAGGCUACUUAAAAACUAUAUACUGUACACUACCAAU